AUGCUUCUGCCCACCAAGCAAUUUGCCAUUCUGCUGGCAUGCGCGGCCGCCGGUUCUUCCCUACAAGCAGACAUUCCCGCAGACGUACCGGUGGCAUCGCUGAUCUCCUCGGCGAAAUCGCAUCUUGCGACUGGCUCUCCGCGCGAUGCCCUGGCCUAUUUUGACGCCGCGGUCGCUCGAGACCCAACGAAUUACUUGACCAUCUUCCAACGAGGCGCUACAUAUCUAUCCCUGGGGCGGGACACGCAGGCGGUCGAUGAUUUCAACCGGGUGCUGGAGCUAAAGCCAGACUUUGACGGUGCCUUGUUGCAGCGUUCUAGAAUCAAAGCCAAAACCGCGGAUUGGACGGGAGCAAAAGACGAUCUUGCCAAAGCCGGCAAGAAAUCAUCCCCAGAUUACGCGGAGCUUGAGGAGGCGCAAGCUGCCGAAAAAGUGGCGCAACAGGCAGAGGCAAAAGGUGACUGGGAAACGUGUGUCUCGCAGGCUACUGUGGCUAUUAUGAAGGCAAACGCGGCGCUCAGUCUCCGACGAACUCGUUCGCAUUGCCGGUUCGAGAAGGGCGACAUCCAGGAAGCCCUUGGUGAUCUGGCGCAUAUACUACAAAUUUCUCCUGGUUCUGUCGAGCCUCACUUGCAAAUAUCAUCGACACUGUUCUACGCAUUGGGUGAUACUGAACGCGCCAUUGCGCAGAUCCGGAAAUGCCUUCACUCAGAUCCAGACUCCAAGUCGUGCAGUCGGCUCUUCCGUACAGAAAAGCAGCAUGUUAAGAGUCUUGACCGACUAAAAGAAUUCAUGGAGAAACGGAAAUUUACCAACGCCAUCAACCUUUUAGUGGGAACCGCCGACGAGAGCGGCAUGAUUAGUGAUGUCGAGGAAGAAGUGAAAGAGGCUCGUGAAGCAGGAUUCAUUCACCCUAAUGCGCCUGAUGAGUUAUACACGUCUUUAAUCGAGACUACUUGUGAAGUAUAUAGAGCUAUGAACUCGAAAAAAGCGAAGAGCUACUGUGCCGAUACUUUACGAUUAAAACCACAUUCCCUGCAUGCACUGUUAUAUCAAGCCCAGUCUCAAAUCGAUGAAGACCAGUUUGAGCAGGCCAUCCAAACAUUACAAGUCGCCAGAGACCAUCACCAGGGUUCAAGAGAAGUGCAGGAAUUGCUACAAAAGGCUCAGGUCCUAUUAAAGAGGUCAAAGCAAAAGGACUACUACAAAGUUCUCGAAGUUAGUCGCGACGCCGACGAUCGGACAAUCAAACGGGCUUACCGACAGCUCACUAAGCUUCAUCAUCCUGAUAAAUCCAUGGCGCAAGGCGUCUCUAAGGAAGAUGCCGAGAAGAAGAUGGCGGCAAUCAACGAGGCAUAUGAGGUCCUUUCGGAUCCGGAGCUGAGAGCUCGCUAUGAUAGUGGCGAUGAUCCGAAUGAUCCCGAGUCUCAAAGAGGUGGUAAUCCAUUCCACGGUCAUCCAUUUGGUGCUGGACGAGGAGGAGGAGGUGGUGGUGGUGGUCAACAAUUCUUCUUCCAACAGGGGGGUAACUCCCACUUUAAAUUCUCAGGCCAGUCGUUUAAUUUCCCAGGGUUUUAG